AUGAACCCAGACAUAGCCUUUGAUGCGCAACAACUUGGCGAACCAGUUCCUCGCAAUUCCCACUCAGCAGAACUCGUUUAUGUGACAGAGAGUGAGGAACUCAUUUGCUUUGGAAUGUUAACGACGCUGACCGCCCACGUUGUUGACCCACUGCCCCUAAGUAGAUACAGAGAAUCUGAAGCUCCCAUUCACCUGCAAGGUGAUCGGAGCUUGGUAUUUUCUGACUCGGGGCUAAAGUGUGGGAAGAUCGAAUCCCGUGACAGCCAAUUACUCCAGUUACUUACGAAUGAAGGUAUUGAAUUUGACUUAUUAUAUCUUCAUCGAGACCACCACCUGUCGCCUGACUCCGUGUCAAUAUUGGCCACAAUAUACGGGCCUCGUGAAAAGGCCAAGAGUCUCGGGGUAGUUUUGCAAAGCUUGGAUUAUUACUUGCAAGACCCCAAAUUCGCUGUCAGAGACUUGGAGUAUUUUAACCCACACCGCUUUGCAAAUACUCCGGAUGCUCGGGCAACAGACUUCCGCACUACGAUACCCCUCGGUGAAAGUCUUACUUCCGAAGAUGAAGCUGUUAUUUCUGUUGCAAUCCUGGACACAUUUACAACUCAGUUGUCGUUCCCUACUCAGCUCGUAGACCCACCUUACCUUCUCACGCAACUCAAAAGUCAUCAGAAGCAAGCCUUAUGGUUCAUGGUUCAACGUGAAACUGGUUGGAACAUGGGUGAGCAUGGAAAGGAUGUCUGGUCUCAACAACACGAUUCCCACGGGCAGGCAAUGUGA